AUGGUGCAGCGAGAAAAUCAGCUGGACCGAGACAAACUCUGCUGUUCGGUCUGUUUGGAUCUGCUGAGGGAUCCGGUGACUCUUCCCUGCGGACACAACUACUGUAUGAACUGUAUGAAAAGCUACUGGGAUGGAGAGGAUCAGAAGCAAAGCCACAGCUGUCCUCAGUGCAGACAGAGCUUCACACCGAGGCCUGCUCUGGUGAUAAACACUGUGAUAGCAGGUUUAGUGGAGGACACAGAGAAGACUGGACUCCAAGCUGUUCCUGCUGAUCUCUGUCCUGCUGAACAUGGAGAGGUGACCUAUGAUUUCUGCACUGAGAGGAAGCUGAAAGCCAUCAAGUCCUGUCUGCAGUGUCUGGUCUCUUACUGUGAGCAGCACCUCCAGCCUCACUAUGAAUCUCCUGCCUUUAAAAAACACAAGCUGGUGGACCCCUCCCAGAAGCUCCAGGAGAUCAUCUGCUCUCGCCACAGUGAGGUGAUGAAGAUCUUCUGCCGCACUGAUCAGCAGUGUAUCUGUUAUCUGUGCUCCAUGGAUGAGCAUAAAGGCCAUGAAACAGUUUCAGCUGCAGCAGCAAUGAGUGAGAAGCAGAGAGAGCUCGGGGAGAGUCAACAGAAAAUCCAGCAGAGAAUCCAGGAAGGACAGAAACAUCUGAAGGUGCUUCAGGAGCAGGUGGAGAACAUCAAUCAGUCCACUGAUAAAGUUGAGAGGGACAGCAAGGAGAUCUUCACAGAGGUGAAGCAGCAGAUCAGGUCUCGUCAGAAAUCUGCAGUGAGUCAUGUUAAUGAGCUUCAGGAGAAGCUGCAGCAGAAGAUCUCUGAGCUGAGCAGGAGAAACACUGAGCUGGAGCAGCUCUCACACACAGAGGACCCCACCCAGUUUCUACACAACUACACCUUAUUGCCACGUCUGGGUGAAGCUACAGACUCCCCCAGCAUCAGUAUUGAUCCUCAGAGGUCCACCGAGGAUGUGACAGCAGCUGCGUCUGAGGGCAAAGAUAAACUACAGAACCUCCUUAGUGAGGAAUGGACCAAAACAUCUCUGAGAGAAACUGCAGGGGGUGCUUGGCUGUCACAGCCAGAGCCCAAAACCAGAGCUGAAUUCUUAAAAUAUAAAUGUCAGAUCACCUUCAAUCUAAAUACAGCACACCAGCAUAUCAAACAUGUGCAUAGCUUAAAAGUUGAAAAUAGUUCUACUAAAGAUGAUGGAUAUCAUGAUCACCCAGACAGAUUCACUGACUGGUCUCAGGUGUUGUGUAGAGAGAGUCUCGCAGCACGUUGUUACUGGGAGGUGGAGUGGAGCGGGAAUGAUGUUUUUAUAGCAGUAGCUCACAAGGAUAUCAGCAGGUCAGGAAUAGAGAGCGCGUUUGGAAACAAUAAUAAGUCAUGGGCAAUGGAGUGUUUCUAUGGUGGUUAUGAGUUCAGAUAUAACAACAUCAGAACUCCUGUCUCAGGUCCUCGGUCCUCCAGAAUUGGAGUGUACCUGGAUCACAGUGCAGGUGUUCUGUCCUUCUACAGCAUCUGUGAAACCACUAAAACCAUGACUCUCCUCCACAGAGUCCAGACCAGGUUCAGUGAGCCGGUCUGUCCUGGAUUCAGUUUAUACUGUCCUAAAGCUUCUGCUAAAAUCCCUGAAGACUCAGAAGGCCAAAAGAUUCAGAAGAUUCAGAAGAUUAAGAUUCAGAAGACCAAGGUUAUUCCUUCUCCUCAGCAACCCUGUUUCCCAUCAGAUUGGGGCCAACCCAGGGCCACCCCACUCCCUUAUUCCAACACGCACAGAACAUUUUUUCAUUAAAUACACAAAUAAAGAAAUAAACUAAGUACCAGAACUGCCUAAAAAAGGAAAGGUGAUGCUGUUAGCAGACAGUUCUCACAGGAGGUGGAAGUGCACAUUUAUGCAUCCAUUUACUAAGUUUGUUUACAACUUUUAGGUU